ACCUCGCCCCCCGCUUAAAACCCCCCUCCCCUGUCUCCACUCCACUCACCACUCCGCCGCCCUCAUCGCCAAGAUCCCCUCCGCCCACAAAUAUUUUCUUGAUUCUCCCUCCACCCACACCUUGAUCGCCUCCGACCCGAAAUUUCCCCGCCGGCUUCGACCGCCUCCGUCCCGUCCCGGAGUCGGCGCGCGGGAUGGGGAAGAGGAAGGCCAAGAAACCCGCCGCGAGGCCCCGCAGCGGCGCGGGUGGGAGCGUGCCGCGGCCGGUGAGCGAGGGCGAGACCGAGACCGAGCCCGAGCCCGUCGGCGAGGAGGGCGACUUCUGCUUCGUCUGCAAGGACGGCGGCCACCUCCGCCUCUGCGACUACAGGAACUGCAACAAGGCUUACCAUCCUAAGUGCGUGGAAAAGGAUGACGAUUUCCUCAAUUCAGACGAGAACUUCAUCUGCGGUUGGCACACAUGCUGUAUCUGCAAAGGGCGUUCAUACUAUCGGUGCCUGUGCUGUCCGGUUAAAUCGGUUUGUUGUGGUUGCCGGAUAGAAGCAGAUUUUGUCCAAGUCGGAAGAAGGCAAACAAAGGGAUUAUGCGCUAACUGUCUAAGGCUGGGAAUCAUGAUUGAGAAUAAUAUCGAAAUCGACUCUGAUGGGGAGAGGGUUGAUUUCAGUGACAGGUCAACUGUUGAAUUUUUGUUUAAGGAAUACUGGGAGAUAAUUAUAAAGAAAGAGGGCUUAACACUGGAUAACCUUCAAGAAGCUUAUGCUAGUUUAAAUGAUGGCCCGGAUCAAAUUUCAGAUUCUGAGAAUUUUCCUAAAGUACAGGACAGCUCAGAUGAUGAUUUCUUGGGCAAUAGUGAUGGUGGAGAUGCUGAUCCAAUUUGCCCAUCUAAUUUAAAUGGAACAUCAAAUAAAGUGAAACCCUUUCUGAAGCAUGCAAAAUCAAAGAAGAAUGUCUAUGUUGGCUGGGGUUCAAAAGAGCUGAUUGGAUUCCUUGAAUCAAUAGGCAAAGAUACAUCCAAAUCUCUAGAUCAAUUUGGUGCUGCUGAAGUUGUCAAGGAGUACAUUCGACAGAAGGAUCUUUCGCACAAAGAUAAGAAAAAGCAUGUCAUAUGUGAUGAGAAACUCAAGCAAUUGUUUAGGAAAUCAAAGGUUAAGUACAACAAGAUAUAUAGCUUGCUCGAGAGGCAUAUUGCUGCAAAUGACACAUCUGAGGAUGAAACAUUUGCCAGUUCUGAGGAUAACAGUGAUUCAUGUAUGAAAAAGAGAACUCGGACCAUGACCUCUGAGGUCACUACUUCGAAAGGGACUUCUGAAAGAAACAAGAGAUGCUUUGCUUCUCUUGUUUGUGACAACAUUAAGUUGAUCUAUUUGAAGAAAUCCUUAGUUAUUGAUCUGCUAAAGCAGCCUGAGGCAUUUGAAAAUAAAGUUAUUGGUUGUUUUGUUAGAGUAAAGAAUGACCCCAAAGACUAUAGUUACUACAAGCCUAAAGCAUUCUACCAGCUUGGACAAGUAACUGGCAUUAGGAAAUCCUCAGAAGAAUACAAGGUAAAGGACAUGUCUACAGAUAUGCUUUUGUGUGUUUCCAGCUGCUGGUCUGAAGUCAAAAUUUCCAGGUUAUCAGAUGAAGAUUUUGGGGAGGACGAAUGCGAAGAUUUUCGUCUGUUCGUCCAGAAAGAACACUCUAAAAGGCUCACUGUUGCUGAGCUUGAGGAAAAAGCGAGAAGUGUACACAGAGAUAUAGUCACUCAUUGGAUCGAUAAAGAACUUAAGAGACUGGACAAUUUAAUUGAAUUGGCCAAUGAAAAAGGUUGGCGCUACGAGAAGCUCGAGUACAUCGAUAAGAGACAGCUAUUGCGCUCGCCAUCCGAAAGACAACGUCUUCUUGAAGAGGUCCCUCGAGUUAUUCCAGAUCUGGAAGAUAAUAAAGACACAGAAUUAUUAGUCGCAGCAUCAGAGAAGUCUUUUCAGAAGAAUACAGCUACUUUACAAGGUAAAUACUUAUUUUGUGUAGGUGCCAGUGGGGACAGAGCUGUUUGCUCGGAAAGAUACUCAGAAGAAUCUAAAGGCGCCAAUGGGGAGAAAGCUGUUCGUUUGACACGUUGCUCAAAAGAAAAGCCUAGAGGUUUGAGUACAUUAAUGUGCAAUGAGUGGUUUAGAAUGGUGGUAAGCGCUGAAUUUUGUGUAGGGGCCAAUGCGAGAGCUGUUUGCUUGAGAAGUUGCUCAGACGGCAAAUAUAAAGGUGCCAAUGAGGAGAUAGCUGUUUGCUUGAGAAGUUGGCCGGAAAACAAAUAUGAAGGUGCCAAUGACAAGAGAGCUGUUUGCUUGAAAAGUUACUCAGAAGGUGAAGCUGCUCACAUGAAAAGUUUCUCUGAAGAAAAAACUAAAGGUGCCAGUGAGGACAGAGCUGUUUCCUUAGAAAGUUUCCCGGAAGAAAAUUCUAAAGGUGCCAAUGAGGAAGCUGCUUACCUGAAAAGUUGCUCUGAAGAAAAACCUGAAGGUGCCAACGACGGCAGAGCUGUUUCCUUAUCCUUAAAAAGUUGCCCAGAAGAAAAUUCUAAAGCUACUGAAGGUGACACUGAUACACCGAAAAUGCAUGUUCAAAAUCAGGGCACUGCAGACACUAAAUCCAAUGCUGCUGGCGAUACACCUAGUGCAAAUGUCCAAAGCCAGAGUACUCAGGGUAGUGAAGAGAAUGCUGCUGGUGAUAAACUGGGAGCAAGUGUCCAGAAGCAGGGGGCUGAAGCCAAUGCAGCUGGCAUCCCAGCUGAAGUAAUCAACAUUGAUGACGACGAAGAUGGUCGGUCGCAGGAUCAAGGUGCAAACGUGGUUGUUGUUGAUAUGGAUGCUGAUGAGUCUGGGAAUACUCAUGUGGCGCAACGCAAGACAAGGCGGUCGGGCAUGUGGCAUUACAGGGAUCCUUUUGGUGACGAGCAAGGCCCGUUCUUUCUAGAUCUGUUGGAUGGUUGGAACAAACAAGGCUACUUCGACGACGACUUCAGGGUCUGGAGAGCCGGUCAGUCUAGCGACUCUGCCAUUUUGCUCAAGGAUGCUCUGCGCCUGAAGCGCUGAGAAGGAUGGCAGCUACUUGGGGUUCCCAUGCUAGCAAGUUAAUGUGAAAGAGGGGGCUUCUCUUGUAAUAUAUUCCUGCCCAGAUUCUCCUACUUUGUUCCUAAUAUUAUGGUGGGAGGACCAGUCAGAGACUUAUACAUUACCUGGUCCUAGAAACUUUGGCCUCUGCUGUGAAUUGUGGGAUGGACAUAAGUUGGUUUCAGAGGUUUUUGCAAGUUUAUGUCUAAACAUGUUCAGUUAUGCGUUC